AUGGUUAGCCGAGUUGAACACCCUGCUGGUGGUUACAAGAAAAUCUUUGAGACGUGUGAGGAACUGGCAGAGCCCAUUCCUGCUCAGGUCACAGGCAGAAUUCCUCCAUGGCUGAAGGGAAGUCUGCUUCGUCUGGGACCUGGCCUGUUUGAGGUGGGAGAUGAGCCCUUCUACCACCUCUUUGAUGGCCAGGCCCUCAUGCACAAAUUUGACUUCAAAAAUGGCCAGGUCACCUACUACCGAAAAUUUGUGAAAACCGAUGCGUACGUCCGGGCCAUGACAGAGAAGAGAGUUGUGAUCACCGAGUUUGGCACUGCUGCCUACCCAGAUCCCUGCAAAAACAUCUUCUCUAGGUUUUUCAGUUAUUUCCAGGGCAUCGAGGUAACAGACAACUGCCUCGUAAACGUGUAUCCUAUUGGCGAGGAUUUCUACGCCUGUACGGAAACCAACUACAUCACAAAAGUCAACCCAGAGACCCUGGAGACUCUGAAAAAGGUGGACCUGUGCAAUUACCUCACCAUCAAUGGGGUGACAGCUCACCCUCACAUCGAAAACGACGGCACAGUGUACAACAUCGGAAACUGUUUCGGAAAGAACAUGACUCUGGCCUACAACAUUGUCAAAAUCCCACCCACACAGAAAGACAAAUCGGAUCCCAUUGAGAAGUCCAAAGUGGUGGUGCAGAUUCCCAGCAGUGAGAGAUUCAAGCCCUCCUAUGUCCACAGCUUUGGCAUCACAGAAAACUACUUCGUCUUUGUCGAGACUCCAGUGAAGAUCAAUCUGCUGAAAUUCCUGACUGCCUGGAGCAUCCGCGGCAGCAACUACAUGGACUGUUUUGAGUCCAACGAAACCAUGGGUACAUGGUUUCAUCUGGCCAGCAGAAACCCAGCAGAAUAUCAAGACCACAAAUUCAGGACCUCAGCCAUAAACCUCUUUCAUCACAUCAACUGCUAUGAGGACCAGGGCUUCAUUGUUGUUGACCUGUGCGCCUGGAAAGGAUUCGAGUUUGUGUACAACUACCUGUACCUGGCAAACCUGCGAGAAAACUGGGAGGAGGUGAAGAAAGCAGCCAUGAUGGCUCCUCAGCCGGAGGUGCGCAGAUACGUCAUCCCCAUGGACGUGCACCGGGUGGAGCAAGGGAAGAAUCUGAUCUCCCUGCCCUACACCACAGCCACUGCUGUCAUGCGCACUGAUGAAACCAUCUGGCUGGAGCCUGAGGUGCUGUUCUCUGGGCCUCGUCAAGCCUUUGAGUUUCCCCAGAUCAACUACAGCAAAUUCUGUGGAAAGAACUAUACCUAUGCCUAUGGCCUUGGUCUCAACCACUUCAUCCCAGACAGGAUUUGCAAGCUGAACGUAAAAACCAAGGAAACCUGGGUGUGGCAGGAGCCUGACUCCUACCCCUCUGAGCCCCUGUUUGUUCAGACUCCUGGUGGCACGGAUGAGGAUGAUGGGGUCCUGCUGACCAUCGUGGUGAACCCUGGGGCAGCUCAGAGGCCAGGGUAUCUCCUUAUUCUCAAUGCCAGGGACCUGACAGAGAUCGCCCGGGCGGAGGUGGAGGCCAUUAUCCCUGUGACCUUCCAUGGAAUGUAUAAGCCUUAGAACAGUCUUGCCAGCACAGCUCGGUCAUUUCACUGCUUCAGAGGCCAUGCCAUGCAGAUGUUUAGCCUACCAAGACAGCAGAGGACACUUGUGAAAUUCCAAGCCACAAGAACUCAAGAUUUUAUGUCAUAAACUUCUUUCAUUGUUUUGCAGAGAAGAAUCCUCUUCAGCCUGUCAGCAUAUUUCAUUACCAUAAUAUGCUUUGUGUUGCAUAAGUGAUAUCAGAUAAGAAGUAUUACAGUAAUACAAAUGUCCUCAGCAGCAGGGAGUCAAUUGUAAUAAUCUGAAUUUACUGGAUGUAACGAAACUGAUUAUGCUACUUGCUAGGUAACAUCAUCACCGUUUCUGGUAAUAGACCAUUUCCACUGAACUCUUGCAUUGCAAAUCAUUUAUGACAAUUAAUACAUACUUGAGAUAAUGUUGUCAUUUCAAUCAGCAAGAAUGCAAAACAAGUACAAAUAUUACCAGUGAUGAUGCUGCCACAUAGGUCCUCACAAGUUUCAUCAUUUUCUUAAACUAUUUACCAGUGAGUCUAAAUUGUUCCAAAGUAGUUCCCUGGCACAUGCCAGAUAAACAGGAUACUUUAGAAUAAAACGCUAUGUUCUCAGUAGACUCCCGAUGCUACCUUCUCUUUCACAGCUUUGUUGGUGUAAAUUUUCAGAGAAAGGUGGCACAAGCUGAUAAGUGAAGCCCUUGUAAGAUGUCUGCUAUGGACAAAGAUCCUCAGAGA